CGUGAACUAGGACCUCUUUUAGGUCGAGCAUAAUCAUCGAAAGAGGGCCAGCCAGAUUUUUCAGCUGUGUUUUUCUUUCUUUCGGUGGUAGUUAUAACUGAAUGACCUAGUCGAUGACUUUCCAAAUUGAACUAAAGAAACGAGAUGCCGUUUUCGGCACAAACUGUAUAUCUCUUGCUAGCGUCCUCUUACCUAGUAAUUAUCAAUUUGUAGUAGAAUGUACACGAUUCUGUAAAGUGCUAAGUAAGCUAUUCAAUACAACGUUUUCUCAAGCAAGUUGCUAGAACGCAUCCAUAAAUAAGUACGCGCACGAGUAUCUGCCAGUGUAAGCCAUUAAACAUUGUCACUGAAGUUAACUUAAGUUGAAAAUGGACGGGGCGAUAUUGGUGCUAUUGAUGUUUUCUGAGCUUGCUGCAAUCUCGAGCCGCUCGAAUACAAGAACGUCCACCGUAAGAGGCGUCGCGCCUCGCUAUAAAAUGGUUUUUAUGAUGAAACGUUUCGUGCACACUAUUUUUUAUGCACAAGAUGGCCGCUGUUUUGUCAUACCGAGUUAAUCAAGAAAGCAGAAUCUUUAACUGUUCAUGCAAGAAAAAGCGCACGACAGUCUGAAAAGAUUCUUUUCUUUAUUUUAGUAAUUAUAGUAGAAAGAAUUAUAGUGCGUAUUUAAUAUAAGAACAAUAGUGGCUCGGUCAGUUUAACAAGCUGUUCAGGGAGAGAAAAAGAAGUUCUGUUCUCUGGCCCUAGCAAAGCUUAAUCAAAGUGUUACCAAAAUGUUUGCCCCAUUUUGACUCUACCGUGAGCAGCGAACGGUCGUAUAUAUCGUUAACGAUAAGCAAACUGAAUAAAGGGCAUCCGGCAUGCAAUGAGUGGCCGAGCGAAGAAACAGAAUGGUCCAGCAAGCUGAGCAUUUUUCUUUACAUUAUGACCUCUUGAUCGUACUUUUCCAUUUGAGUAGUUUCUUUUUUGCCAAGGUUUUUUUUCUGCGGACUAGUAGAAUGUGUUGGGCGACUACGCCCUGAUUCGGGUUUUCGCGUUCGGGGUAUUGUUAUCUUUCAAGUUUCGCUCAUCAGUCGACGAUAUUUUGUUCCUAGCCGCUGGCACAACGAACAGAGAUACUGAAGGUCCAUCUGAUCGAGUUCCCUUCGUGUCGACUAUCAACACAACAUCAACAUCAGCGCCCAAAUAGCAGGAGCACAAAAACAGAUAAGAAACAAUUAUUAUUAUUAUUUUUUUUUACGGAACGAAAAGCAAUAACUAUGAUAAGGUAAUGCUUGUGACGUGAUUGUGACAAUACGAAGAGCGUUUCCAUGUAAUAUCAAUGUCAUUUGUUAUGUGUUACUAUAAUAACACAUACUAUAAUAAAGUUGCCGAGUUUGAUAUUUUGUUUAUUUUUUCGUUAUUGUUUUAUUUCAUCCGAUGCCAUUGUCAUCUAAUCUUUUGUUGAUUUUUUUUUGUUAUGACUUUGUCAUCGUUAUCAAGAUAGUGUACAUUAAUAAAGAUUUAGGUUGCUUCUGGGCACACAAAAAUGGUCAAGUCUUUAUUUUUGGCUUGUCAAAUGCUGUUAAAUACUAUUGUAUAGUAAGCAUUUGUUAAACAAAGUAUACGUUACAUAUUAUUUCGUUUGUUUUUUUCCCCUAAUUUUCUGUGAAUUUUUUCGUUUCCUGUCCUUCCUUCUAAACACCUUUGGCACCGCUACCAUGACCUCCUUUAUUUCGCUAGAUGUUCGCAUGCCGCCUCUUCUAACAGGAACCGUUUAGAUAUCUUGCACUUGCUCCUAUUAUCUAGUUUUCUAUAGUGUGUUCAUUAUAGACAGUAUUAUUCUAGUCUCAUGCACGCGGCACAGCAAAGGUCAUCUAGAGCCGUCUUCUACAAGAUCAAUUAAAUUGAUUUGAGUUAUUGUCGACUAUGGGUACGUUUCUAUGUACUUAGAACGCUAGUGCGAGUUGUAGUUUUGACGUCGGUCCCCGUUGCAGUGUUAAGCAUAAUGGAUUGCUCCAGCUUCGGGUUACCUACUUCACCGAAUGGACAUCAUCAUCAGUCGGGACAGCAGGCCGCAAACUCCAUACGAGUGAGUUUACCGAACUUCGGCCUCAGUGGCGGGGGUGCCGGGGGAGCUGGUGGAGGCAACGGCAAUGGAAGUGGGAAAAGCUACAACCAAACGACGACGCCAGUUAAGUGCGAGUUCUGCAAUUAUGAGACGACCCAUCGUGCCAAUAUGUACCGUCAUAAGCGAACUCAUUCCGGUGUUAAAAACUACGAAUGCUCGGUAUGCGGGGUAAUGACAACACGUAGUGACAAUCUUCGCCAGCAUAUGUUAGCAAAACAUGGCUUUGUUGCGCCUCAUAUCUCGCACAGUGCGUCCGUAACGCCGGACAUCAUUCUGCCUGCAGCCACCGCACAACUCUUUAGCAAUAAUAAUAACACCAAAUAAGUUCUCGAUUCUAAAUAAUAGACGUUAUCAAGGAGUUGUCGAGAUGCCGAUCUAGUACUGCACAUAAGCCGAGGCUCAUAUUCAACAGUGAAAAUUCCCAUAGACGCGCCUUUUUCUAGCCCGCGUAUUCAGAGUAACGGUUGUGUUACGGCUACAGCAGUAGCUGGUUGGGAAAAAGACAGUAGAAUCUGGAAUUGUACCGACUGACGUCGACGAGGGUUUAGAUAUCUUUUCGAUAAACCUAAGUUGUAACGCCCGUAACAUAUUUUACCUAUUUGCAUUUUCCCUGCGAUCAGAGUUUGGCAUGUGUUAAACGAGUCGUUUAGUACUGGCAGUAGCCAGUGAAAGGCAACGUGUCCUGUGCUGGGCAUUUAUUGGGUUCAUGGGCAAGGACGGCCCUAAUGAGCAGGCCGAAGAGGGAAAGACCUAAUGUUUUCCAUAAGUAAUGUCGCUCUACGGAUAAAAAGUUAUCCGAACUGAUAAUCAAUGGUAUCUAAGAAAUCGGCCGUCCGCCUCCGAUGAGUGUCAACCUCGAAUUUGUCGUCUUCCAAAGGUAAACCUCCGGACGGACUACAACAACUCAGACGAAUCAUGAUAGCUAGUUAAUAACCAAAAUGAAGCUAAGAAUUUCAGCCCUGCGAGGUGUGAGGCGACGAUUCUCUUCGAGAACUCUUCGGCUAUGACCUACGAAGAAUUCUCAUAGAAAUGUUGGCUUUGAUAUAUAUGAAUGAGUGAGAUGAAUCUCAAGUGGAAGAAGAAGAGAACAAGAGCAAGGCAACGACAACGAUAAAGAAUAGAGAAGUGUAUACCUGUAAAACUUAUAUAUAAAUAUAUAAAUACAUAGACACAAUUGAUAAAAGUGCCGAUCGGCUUGGAAGAACUGGUAAAAAUACAUGUGGUUUUCGUACGUAUUAAUGUUUGGCCUUCUAUGGUAUAUUGCUGUAUAAGUUGUUAACCGAACGUAUCAAAGGGAGGGGGGCAAUUAGUUAUUCUCAUACCACCAAAGUGCCAUCGCUAAGCCUGCUAACAGGGGGGCUCAAGGUGGCAUCCCAUGUCAUCACCAAAUAUAAUGUAUGUGUUGUUAACAACCAACUAUCAAAUACCAGAUGGUAAUUAUUGUGCUCUUCAAGUGAACGUUAAAUGAUGACACUGAUGCUGAGAGCGGUGCCCUAAAGAAUAAAUAUGCUCCUAUAUAUGAAAAAGGGUAAGUCACAAACUGGCUUUUUCGGCUGCAAUAAAGAUCAAUAGUUAUGAGCGGGAGAUCGGCCUUCGUUUAUAGUAGGACACCUUUAUUGUUGAAAGGUUUGAUCGGUAAGAACAAGCUCGAGAUUCUUCGAUGACAAACGCUUAUGGAUUUACCAGGACAGUAGAUUGGUUUGAGAGGUACAUUCAAUUAAAUUCAUUAAGGUUACGCAUCGUACGCUAUAGCGAUGCUACAUUCAUUAGUAGAUCAUGUAAAUACCCAUAUAUGCAAUAGUUUUCUCAACGCUCAGCAAUACUCAAUAGACUUUAACAGGAGCUGUAUACAGUGCUAGAAUAUAUAACGGUAUUGAAGCAGUCGGUACAAACGAUGGUGACGCAAGCCCGCUAUAGCGUCAAAUUGCUGACGACAAUAGGCUUCUGGCUAUAAUAUCUGUUAGUUCACAAAUAUGAGUCGAUUGUUCAGCGAAUAUAUGGCUUCAAGUGUGCGAAAAAAUUGCUAUUACUUUGCUUAACGAAGUGGCGCAUGUUGGAUGGUGAGGUUUGUUUUCAUUCGUGACGUCGAGCGAUUGUACAGGAAGCAGAACGGACUCGUUGUCUGAAAAGUCGACGACGACGACGACGACGACGACGACGACGACGACGACGACGACGACGACGACGACGACGACGACGACGACGAC